AUGAAUUGAGGGAUAAUAUGUCAGUUUGUGAACAGAAUGAAAUAAAUUUUGGCAAUCGCGACAUGCAGAAAACAGGGUUCUAUUACAACCAGCAGCAACAGUUUAAUUCUUACUAUCCUUCGGAGAAUGGAUAUUGUUACGAAAAUGUUCAAACGAACGGUGGGAGUUACGGGGAGCCGAGCCCAUCACCCCCGGGUGGAGAUUAUUUUCCCCAGGGGCAGUGUAAUUUGCCCCCGGGAAGCAACAGUGUUCCGAAUGGUGACUUAAGCCCAAAUCACUAUGGAGACCAGUUUUCUUCGAGGUGUAUACAGAAUAUGAAUUGUAACCAAAAUCUAGGUUCUGCAAGUCCAACAAGCGGGGUCAUGAAAAAGGAAAUUUACCCGUGGAUGAAAGAGUCUCGACAAAACACGAAACGCCAACAACAACAGCAGGCCGCUCAGCAGCAACAACAGCAGCAACAACAACAGCAGCCGCCUCAAAAUUCACAGCAACAGCAAAAUCUAGGAGAACCGACGAAAAGAGCAAGGACAGCUUAUACCAGUGCCCAGUUAGUUGAAUUAGAAAAAGAAUUCCACUUCAAUAGAUAUUUAUGCCGACCCCGACGGAUAGAGAUGGCUGCUCUUCUCAACCUUACAGAAAGGCAAAUAAAAAUUUGGUUUCAGAAUCGGCGUAUGAAGUACAAAAAGGAACAACGACAAAAACACUCUGACAAAGGACUUGGAAAACUUGACGGGUGUCUCUCUGGCGAUAGUGAUAGCGAAGAAUCAUAUUCCGGGGGUCAGGACUCAUUAAGUGACUGUGGAAAUAAACCCCAACCCGGAGGUGGUAGCCCGGAUCCUACUGGGCGACACCAGUUACCACCGGGUCAUAUGGCAUCGCCCCAUCCUCAGACCCCGAGUCCAGGACAGAGAUCUCUUGCGCAAAAUGUGACAAUACCCCCUCAUUAUUCGUCUCAUUCAGACAUGUAUACUCAGCAACCACCGCCACAGUCAAGUCCCACGUGCCUAAAGCAGUCAGCGUCUCCCGUGCCGCAACAGCGUCACGGAAAUAGCAUAAUGCCCAUGAACUGUAUGAAUAACAUGCACAAUAUGGAAAUGGGGCGAUAUGGAACCCACCAUGCAGUUCCUAAUCAUUAUAUACAUAUGAACCAAAAUUCUCACGGGGGUUUUAAUGGCGGUCAUCCAUAUAUGGCGCAUAUGAACUCAUAUUCUAUGUAUCCGGAUGUUAAUGGAGGUCACGAGGACCCGGAUCAAGGUCAAAUGGCAUCCGGUCACAUGAUACCUGGGCCGGGGAUGCCUUGUGGUGUUGGAGGGGGUAUGAACGGGUAUCACCAGGGUCCCUACGAUUAUAUACCAAAACUGACUCAUUUAUAAUAGUUUUGCACAGCUAUAAAUAGGCAAUUAUAUAAAAUACUGUCAUGUUUGUUUUACCCGGAAAUAAGUGUACAUGUUACAGUGAACUAUUUGUAGAACUAAUGGUGUUACUAUUAAUAGAAUUGAACAAAUAACUGCAUAGUCUUUUUACAACGCAUAUUUCAUAAUUUUAUUUUUUGUUUAGUAACUACACUGAUACGCGCUUUAUAAUAAAAAUUCUAUGAAACAGUCGUUUUUCGCCCAAACCUCUACGAAAAAUUACAAUAUCAUACGGACAUUAAUUUAAUAUAGUAAACAUGGCAAAUGUGACAGCCGAAAAGAACGACUAAUGUCAAAAUUUUUAAUCUGAUUUUUCUGGUGGACGUAAUGAUUUUUCGGUGAUUUUCAUUGUUAAAACUGUUAAUUCAUUAUCGAUACUAGUGCUACGAUAAAAACCGUAAAUCAAUAUAAGAAGUGGAACCAUAUGGGUUGUUUAAUAAAUAAUGCAGCAGUUGCAGCUCUUGAAUAUUCAUAUGUAUUUAUCUGUUUUAUUUCAUGUUUAUUGCAUGCAUAUUAAAAUAAUGAUAAUAGUGCUAAGUUUGUAAUAAAAGUAUGAGAUUGUGUUGCAUAGCAGUAUAACAAACCUGAUAUUGGAAUGGUACUAAAAAGGCCAUGCCUUCAUUUGUAGAUUACUUUAUCAAAAUUUGAUAAAUACUGCAACAAAUGGAAAUAUAUACUACUCAUAUUUCAUUAGCAUUUACCAAAAAUAAAUCAGUUUAAAACACGUUUCUAUAAAGUAAGUAAACUUGGAGAAAAGAAACAUAAUCCGUAUUUAUAUUUUGCAAACGCAUUAACAUUUAUUCGGAGUAUUCAAUACAAUGUUUUUGCUUUAUUUGCGAAAUGAUCAAAAACAUAAUUUCAAAAUUUUCAACCCGCUGUUUAAUUUCGAAAUGUCUAUGGCAUGAUUCUAGAUGUAUGUAUCAUCAUAUUUUUUUUCGAAAACAAAAAAUAAAACAGAAAUACAAAAAAAAAACCCAUAUAUUAUCAAUGAAAUUAAAGCUGAUAAUCUGAGUGUGAUAUAAAUUUCCCUCACUUUUACAUCCAACUUAUUCUGCGUGACUAACAGAGUAGGGAUUUUUACAUUGUUAAUACACUACACAAGCGUUUUAUUUGUAAAGAAAUAGUGUCAAAGACUCCCAGAGUCACUUCGAUUCUACUUUCCAACUGAUUAAUUCUACAAACAAAAUACGGUUUCUACAAUCAGGACAGAGCGACUUAUUAAUAAUUUUGCUUUGCCUUAAAACAAAACAGUCAAUCACAUUGAUUGAGUUCACAUUGAUUGAGUAGUUUGUUUCUCUUGUUUUUCUCAGUGUCGGCAAAAACGCUUGAAAAACUGUACAAUUGAUUGACAUAGUUGAUAUUUUGACGUAUUCGUUAUUGUUUGCAUUUGUACCAGAACAAGAAAUAAUUUUUGUUUAAGCAAAGUCGAUAUUGCAAAUACCUUAGCAAGCAUAUGGUCUGGCGAAUACAUGUAUAUAUCCGUCUGUCGUGUCUUCACUGCGCAUGUGCAGGUAGUUUUUUUUAAUUCAAAAAGUAAUUUCAUUGAACUAUUGUAGUAAUUGUUAUUUAAUUAAUUGUAAUUGAAAAUCUAAAAAUGUUAUUCCGGGCAUAAAUUCAAUAAAAUAGCUCUGUGGUAGUCGGUAAAAAAUACAAUCUAUAAAAAAAGACAAAUUUUUGUGCUAGUACCGAAAAAGUGAUUAAUUUCUCUGUUAUUUUGUAACAUGCUAGUAACGUUAAAGUUAUUUAUAUUUUUGUAGAUGUUGAGCUUUGUCUUAAAAUGUCUGAUAUUGUAAUGUACAUCUGAAGACAUGUCAUUUCAAACAUUUCUUGAAAUAAGCCACCUCAGCUUUCGUAUUAAUUGAAACUAAUAUCAAAGAUAACCAAUGCAUUUUAUCAGAGCACAGCUUUUUUUUUUUUAUGUGUACUUUGUUUUUAUGCAUCGGAAAAUAAUUUAAUACCUCUACGAUACUUCGACAAGUCUGAAAAUAUUUGGUAACACAACAUAAGCUGUCUGUCUUACAAUAAAAACACUUCCAGACGCACGUGAAAGCUGCACGGGUGAGUUGAGCUAUGUGUUCCAUUCACUUUCAGAGGAUAGAUUUGCCGUGCUUUAUUGUAUAUUGAAAAUCAGAAACAAUCUCUGGUUAUCUUUAGACUUGUAUUUAACGCCAUAGAUAGUCCAUGUGUUGAAAUAAAGGAAUCAGGGGUUAUUCGGUAAAACAUGACGUCUGCUCGCUGCGGGUAUGCACGAGAUAAAAGUGUUUUCCCUACGUAACGAGAAUUCAAGUUGUGAUUUUUGUAUUAAUUGUGCAUUUAUUUAUGCAAGGUCAAAUGUUUCCCUAGCUCGUGUUGUUACUCAGAAAUAUAUAAGUAUACAUGAUUGUUCAUGCAGAGUUAGCUUUUUGUUUGAGAAAUUGUUUUCUUUCCUCAUGGUUAUUUACCGCAAAAAAAAGGUUGAUUUUUUUUCAUAAGAUUGAAGAUUUGUAUUUAUAGUUUAUUCAUUAAUUGACUGAAUGGCACAUACAAGUAGCUGAUAUGAAAAAACAGUUAUAUUGUUUUAAACUGAAUUAAGGUAUUGGACCCUGAAUGGACCCAUGAUUGCACUCUUUUAUUCCAUUUUAUAUCCGAAAUGCGAUUUCGGCAAUCUCCGCUUGUUAUGAAAAUGACCGAAGGAUGCCGAAAUAGCAAUCGAGAUACGUGUAUUCGCACGGAAAUUGCCGAUUACGGGUCCAGUACCUUGAUUGUAGAAUCCAACAUGUCCUCAGCAUCUAUCAGGAAUGCUCACAGUAAAAUUUUAAAAAUCAACAUUCGGAAACACUCUUGCGAAAAUCAGGUAGAAAUAGUUUCAAGUAUUUCAAGAAAACGCCUGAAAUUCCAGUGGCAGAUUAUUUUAUCUACAACAUUCAAGUACAAAGAAACCGCAACAAUAUGUGUUUGUUUCAAGAGUAGGUUAUGUACAUGUAUAUGAUGCGUGUAAUACGUCCGAGAUAAGAUGAUUUUUUACGCCAUAUAAAUCUGCCAUUGUCAGCCAUCAAACAAUGUCUGUAAGCUGCCACACAAUGUCUGACGCGCGUUUAAGACCCUUUCUUAACCCCAUAUAGGAGUAAUCAUACUAAAAUAUACAUAAAUUCGUAGAAUUUUACAAACCUUGAUUUUUGCAAAGUCUCUGGAUAUGACCUUUUCUUUUUAGGAAGUGUAUGUCAUGAUCUGUGUUUAGGACUAUUUUGAUAAAAAAAAACAAUAACAAUUACCUAUAAUAUAUGAAUUUAAGAAAGCAAAUUUUGCCCAGUAUUGGUCACUUUUGGUGGAGCGGGUCUCAUCUAUUUAAGAUGAUUUAAUUCUAACCAUUUUUGAUUUUACAUAGCUAUUCUAUUGCAUUUCUUUUCUUUGUUAAAUGUUAAUUCAUUUGGCAUAAAAUGAAUAAUAACUACAGAUAAUUCAUGAGCCAACAGUGUUUCAUGCACCAAAGAAAUCAGCCUUUAAAGGGGCAUACCUUCAGCUUUAUAAUUUAUUAAAGAUUGAAAACAGAUCUUACAACUCAUUCAUCAAGAAUAUUAUAAAUUUUGUGAUGAGAUUUUAUGAACAUGAUAAAGUAUAAGUUCAAAGUACCCCGAUUUGUGUCCGUAUUUAUUAGGGGACUAACCAUGUAGACGGCUUAUAAAGCCCCUUUAAACUACACAAGAUUUUUUAUAAAUAAAUGAUGCUGAAUCUUUCCGCUACAUUGAUUAAGAAAAAAUAUAAGUACUUUCACAAAUUCGAAAAUCUUGUAUUGUCUCUUUUAAGUGAUUGAAGCCGGUGCCGUGUGACGUAUACAUUACAUUUAAUGCAUAAAGAAAUAAACUACAAAAAAAAUGAAUACCGACGGUACUUUUUGUCUUUGUUAUGUUUAAGUGCUGAGCAUUUGCCAGGGUAAUUUAUUCUAUUUUUUACGAUAUAUGUUAUGUAAAAUUGUAUAUGGAUGAUGAACUUUGUUGGUUUAAGUCUGAUCAAUAAACUAUAUGUUCUGUUCUGUUCUGUUCUGAUAUUAGUACAUGUAUGUUCGUUUGUAAAUGAUAGCUUAAAUUGUUUUUAUAUAUCUAUAUAUAGAAUCUAGGGUAAAUUUUAUGAAUCGCUGAAAUCCAAUCCAUUCUAUGAAUACAAAGAUAAGUAUUGUUUUUCUCCACUUUGUUCAUUUUUUUGUUUUUGUUAUGUUUUUUAUUUGUUUGUUGUCUUUUUUUCAUACCGAGGAGUAGAAUUUGAUAUCGUAUGAUGCAUUUUUUGCUGUCUAAAUUAUUUCCCCUUCUCAAAAAGGGUAGAAUCUGGUAAACUUGUAAAACGUUUUUCUUACGAUUUUGUUUCACAUGUAAUAUCUAUGGCUACCUUUGACAAAUUUUAUAAAUUUAAAAGAUAUUUUGUUGAUUUUUUUCCAAAUGUGACUGCGGAAAAAUGGCUGCCAGUAAAGGGAGGUGAUUAUCACAAAACUCUAGAACCACAUAUAUCUUCUACCGUUUGCCCUUUAAGUUGUUAUUAUUUUAAUUCCUUGGUAUACUACAAGCACAAUAUACUGUGAAAUAUAAACUACAUUUUUUGUGAGAAGUAUUGUGGCUGGCGAGAAAAUAAGUUGGUCAAGUUACUACACCUGACUAUUAUUUUUUAUUGUCUUAUAUUUCUAAACUAUGUCGUGUCCUGACAUGAAGGUGAUGUUUCUAUUGUAAACUUAGCAACACCUAAAAACAACAAAACUGUUUGAAUCAUGACUUUUGAAUAUCUAUGAAAGUCUGCAAAUUUUUGUUUUAUGUAUAAUUUGUGUUUUUGUUGAAUGCUAUUUUCUACCCACUGACUAUUUAAAUGUGUACAUAAAAUACUAUUUGUCAUGUGAGGGCUCAAAUUCAUUGUUUUUGACUUUCACAUAUUGUUAACUGUAAGAUGAAUGUAAUAAAUUGACCUUGAAAACAUU